UAUUGAAGUUCAUCUCUGUUCCCUCUGUUAGGUGUGGCGAACAGUUGGCUGGCGUCUGAUCGCUCUCUCCAUGAGUCUGUAUGGCAUGCUGUACCUGUAUGAAAAACUCACCUGGACCACCAAGGCCAAGGAAAGAGCCCUGAAGAAACAGUUUGUGGAUUACGCCACCGAAAAACUUCAAAUGAUCAUCAGUUUCACCAGCUCAAACUGCAGCCACCAAGUGCAGCAGGAAAUCGCCAGCACAUUCGCCCGACUCUGCCAGCAAGUCGACAUCACCCAGAAGGAACUGGAGAAUGGCAUCCAACGGCUCACCGACAAGAUCCAGAAGCUGGAAACUGUACAGAAGCGAUCCAAAGUGCUCAGACAUAAAGCCACGGCUCUGGAAAAGCAGUUGGAGGAUUUCAGCUCCCAGUAUCUUCGUCCUCAGCCCUGAUUCUGCGUUCACACGGACGCUUGGCUCCUUCCAGAGAGUGAUGUAACUCGUGAAUACUGUACACCCUGCUGUUUAGGGAAUUCUCGACUCACCAGAUGUUGCAACGACUGCAGAGGGGGAAAAUUGUACUUGUAUUUAACUGUAAAAUUUGUAUUCUUGAAUUAAAGCUGCUUUCAGUGCUGUAUUAUGGUUGAGUUUCACUGGAACUGAACUUGAAAACACUCCCCUAUAAUGCAAAACAAAGGAAAAAAAACAUCUGGAAUUUCGAAAUGGAGUCAGUUUUGCUGUUCAGGUUCAGCAUAAUGGAGUAAAACUUUAUUUCAUUCUUAUACCCAGCCUUUUUCUUCAGAAAUAGAAUUCAUGUCAUCAGACCGGGAAUUCAGAGUUGUGUAGAUUUGCCUUUUGAUCACAAAGCCUGUUUUCUAUGUUUCUUGAGAGUCUAACCCCAAAUUCUCUUUAUGAAUUUUCUGUUAUUUCUAAACAUGUAAAUGUGAUAUCCUGGAAUCCCAAUGUAAAAAUUCCUCCUGUGUAAUAAAAAUAUAAUAAAAUAUUAUUAACCCUCCUGUUAUGUGCAAAUUUCAACCAUGUUUUUAAUGUGUGG